AUGGCUUUAGGAAGAAAAGCCAGCCGUCCGGUGCAAGAUGUAUUUGGCGAUUUCAGUGAUAUUUCCUUAGACUAUUCAAAGAUGGAAGAAAUCAGAAACUUGAAAAUUGGUAGAAGUCUUACCAAAAUAGCACCCGGUCAUAGUAGAUUUCUAAAAAGAAACCAAAGUGUAGGCGAAAAAGACUUCCUCCUGAACGAGAACACCGUCUUGGGGUGUGGGCCCACGCUCGCUUCAGGGAGACCCCCCACCACGGCGUCGAGGGUCAGAGUGGACGCCGCGCUCACCAGGCUGGCCCGGAUAGAAAGCAAAAUCCUGAGUCGGAAGGUGCGGGUGAGUUUGACUGACACGGACUCUGACCCGAAGACCGCCGGGGCCGGUCUUCCAAAGAGAGCAGACGAAAUGUCCCCAGGGAGAACGGUUGACCUUUCUUCCCAGCAUACCGGGAAAACCUCCCAGAAACAAGCCCAUGAACUUCCUGUCGCCAAGAGUGAUGCACAGAAUCCAAAGAUCAGUAGGUUUCUAAAGAAGAAAGAACCCCCCGUUCAAAAUAUAGUCCCUGAAGCACCUGCUGGGAAACAGCGGCCUUUUCAAACACCCAAACUCAAAGAACCUGCUAGAAAAUUUGAUUCUCCAGACAGUGAUGAAGAGGAAAUGAAAGCAUUGCUGGGAAGCUUGAUGGAAUCUUCUAGAGUUGAGAAAACAUCUACGAAUCAAGGCUUCCCCGACACUAAAGUGAGUGAGAAAGAAUGAAUCAGACUAUUCUCAAUCCCGACGCAACCAAGAGUCCUUUCUCUCCCUGAUGCGGAACUUUCCAGCUUACAGCCUUCUCGGACAGACGGGACCCUUUGCAGCGCUCGCCCAAGAUCGCUCUCCGCGGAGACCCACGUUUCCAGUGACACAGCCUCCCCCACGCCGUCACUUUCUGUCACUGGCGCCUUUUCAAAAUCAGUGUCUUCAAAGAUGGGGCGUGUUAAGCUCGCGUCCUCCCCCAGAAGGAGCGAGGCUGGGCCUCGGGAUGGCUCCCUCUCAGAAGGUGCCGACGACAGCCUGAACGAAUUUAGAAUAAAUAUUUUAUCCCUCGACGAUCUGGCUCCAGAUGUCAGUGCGAGCUCAGCCGUGGAACAGGAAAAACAAAGAGCCCGGAGGGAAAAGCCGUCCUGCAAAAGCCCCAGAGCCAAGGCCUCUGCUGGGCAGGGCACCCCAAGACGCGCCUGGGCGAGGAGCUCGGCGUCCCAGGGAAAGGCCACCUCGGUGGACAGGGACGAGGGCGUCCCCACUGCAAGUGAGUUCUCGGAGCAUCUCAGUGCCAGCUCGGCCUCCGCUGCCCUGCAGGACGGCGCUCCCGGCGCGCGGUCGUCGUCUUACUCUGACGAUUUUGAAAGCCCCCCAAGUCCGACGGCGUCUGAGCCAACGGCCCGCUGCACGCAGUCUCUGGACAGAACACUGGACUCUUUGUCCGAGUGCUCUUCGAGUCUGAAGACAGACCUUGUCCCACGGCCGCCCGAGUCUGGGAGAAAGUGGGGCAGGGCUGUGACAAGAGUCCCUGUGAAGGAGACAGCUGUGCAGACUCUGGACGCCGCCUUCGCCUACCCGCCCGCCCAGGCACCCAGUGUGGCGACCGUCGGGCCUGCCCUGGGAGGCGCCUACGUGGACCCGAUACCCAUUGCCAAUUACAUCAUCAGCGCGGACGCAAUAGAAGCCCUGACAGCCUACAGCCCGGCCGUGCUGGCACUGAACGACAUGCUGAAGCAGCAGCUGAGCCUGACGCAGCAGUUCAUCGAGGCCAGCCGUCACCUGCACGUCUCAGUCCUGCAGUCCCUGGACAGGGACUCCUACCACUACCACACCCUGGAGGAAGCCAAAGAGUACAUCAGGCGCCACAGGCCCACUCCGCUGACCAUGGAGGACGCCCUGAAGGCCGUGAAGGACGAGCUGUGA